AUGGAAAUUCUCCUUCUUCUGUUCACCACUCUUUGGCUAUCCCCAGUCUUCUACUGUUCUCGAGAAGGAGCGGUCGACAAUGUGAUUAUUCACGAAGUAGACAUAAAAGAUUUAGAUCUUGCUGGAAAAGGGCACUCCUUCGAAGAACCGGCAAAGCGAUUGUAUCCAGACCACACACGACUGUGCCCGGCCAAGCAACGUUAUGUGAAUUCCAAAGACGCGUUCAAGGGACGUUUCUCAAAGCAUGCUUUCAUCCUGCCAAUAGCUUUCGAAAUGAUCUCUUGCGAAAAAAGCAAUGAAACAAGCCAGUCUCCGAACGGUUCGCGCUGUCUGGGAAUCAUGGAUUGCCAGGAGACUAAGUCGAGCAAGUACUUUAUCGUGCGCGAUCUUGCAAGCAGAAAAAACGGCGGCUGUAUGGUUCAACGGAUAGUCAAACUAAACAGUGUUCCCGUUGAAUGCAGCUGUUACUGGCCCCUAUUGCUUGGUAGUAGUCCUCGUCUAUUUUUUAACAGACGUCGUACCUAAACCGCAAUCGAAGUUUACAAUUUUCUCAUUUAUGUCGUUCACUGUUUUAAAUCCUAUUGAAACUUUAUCUUACAACGCUAUGCCGUUGGACCUUGCUA